AUGUUAUCAAUUGGUCUUAUUAUAUUUAUAAUAUUUUUUAUAACUGCUCUGAGCAAUUAUUGCCAAGCACCACUUCCCAAGAUCGUUUCAGUUCCUAAAGGAUACAAUUUAAUAUUUGUACAAACAUUAACUAGACAUGGUGAUAGAAGUCCUAUGAAUUCAUUUGAUCAAGACGAUGCAUUUUAUAAUUGUAGUGGAACAAUAUUAUCUAGUGUAAGAGAAAGUGAGUCAAUAGGGAAAGCUGGUGAUACAUUAAGGAUAAAUGUUAUUGAUAAAAAUACUAACCCAUAUGCUAAAAACUAUAUGUGGAAAGGAAGUUGUGAAGUUUCUCAGUUGACUGUUAAAGGAAUAAGACAACACCACAACUUAGGAAUAUAUCAACGAAAAAAAUACUUGGAUAUGGGAUUUCUUCCCAUUGAAUAUGACCCUAAAAAGAUUUAUAUUAGAAGUACAGAACGUAGUAGAACUAUUCAAUCAUCUCAAGCCUUUAGUCAAACAUUUUAUCCACCAGAAACAAGAAUACAAGAAAAAGUAAUUCCGAUAUAUGUUGUUCCAAAAGAUAUUGAAAUAAUGUUUCCUAAUAGGGAGCUUUGCAAUGAAAUUAAUAAAAGAGAAAAAGAUACUUAUAAGAUUGCUCUUGUUAGUCAAACUCGUUUAUCAAUUCAACAAGUUGAAAAAAAAGCAAUUAGAGUACUUGGAUUUAAGUCAAAAUAUAAUUGGUUAGAAGAUUAUGUUGAUAUUAUGAAUUGUAGAAUAUGUCACAAUAUAUCCUUACCAUGUAGAAAUGGAGAGUGUUUAACUAUUGAGGAUUAUAAUCAAUUAUGGUACCAAACUCAAUUAGAAAAUAGAUAUUUAUUUAGAACUGAUGGAUUGGCUCAAUUACAAAUUGGGUUGUUUGUUAAAGAACUAAUUGAUAGAGCAGAUAUGGCAUUAAAUGGUACAAGUACAUAUGUUUACGAACAUUAUACUGGUCAUGAUUCAACAUUAAUGCCAUACCUUGCAUUAAUUGGACAAGAUGUAUUCACAUGGCCACCAUAUGCCAGUCAUAUUGACAUUGAAAUUUAUUCAUUUGAAGGAGAAAGGUAUAUAAGAGUGGUAUAUAAUAAUAAAGUUGUGUCAUUACCUAUAUGUCAUCAAGUAGAUGGUUUUUGUAAAUGGGAAGAAUAUAAAGACUAUUUAUUAAAGAAUGGAAUAGUGUCAAUGAAUGAAUGUAAACCUAAAUAA